CUGCCAUGGUGUCUCCGACCUGAAAAAGAGAGACCAACUGCAGCGCUUCCUAUUUUCUACCGGGAGUGAAACUUUAAAGCCUGAAAACGAGUCAUGCUGCUGGACACCACAACCCCGCGGAUAUAAGCGACAUUGAAGAGCAGAAAGUAGCUACCACCACCCCGAAACCACAAAGAAGAAGAGGGAGAAGAAGCGGUCGGUGCUAAUUCUUCUUUCUUUUUUUUCACGCUCGGAGGGAAAGACGGCAUCCGGCCUGAGAAGAAGCUCCGAGGUCGGGGACUCCGCGCGGAGCAACGCUCCUCGUUUCUGGCCUCCCCUUCCCGAGAGCUCCAUGGAGAAGAUGAAGCGGUUCAAGAGACGCCUCUCACAGACGCUUCGAGGCAGCCACACCAUCGACGAGUCGCUGUCUGAGCUGGCCGAGCAGAUGACCAUCGAGGAGAACGGCCUGAAGGACAGUGAGCCCAUAGUGAGGAACGGUCGUCCUCCGUCAGCACACAGCGUCCACUCCUUCCUUCACCAGUACACAGGCUCCUUUAAAAAGCCGCCGCUGCGACGACCUCAGAGCGUCAUUGGAGGAGGCCUGGGGUCUCUCAUGGUCAUGCCUCGCAAUGGCAGUCGCCUUGAUAUCGUCCAUGAGAACCUGAAGAUGGGGUCGGAUGGGGAGAGUGACCAGGCGUCGGGAACUUCCUCCGAUGAGGUGCAGUCGCCCACAGGCGUUUGUCUGAGGAACAGAGGGAACAGACGCAUCUCCGCAGAGGACCUGAACAAACGUCUGUCCCUGCCCGCUGACAUCCGGAUACCUGACGGUUACCUGGAGAAACUGCAGCUGAGCAGCCCGCCCUUCGACCAACCGCUGAGCCGACGCUCCCGAAGAGCAUCACUGUCAGAAAUUGGAUUUGGGAAGCUGGAGACCUACAUCAAACUGGACAAACUGGGGGAGGGCACGUACGCUACAGUCUUCAAGGGGAGGAGUAAACUGACAGACAACCUUGUGGCACUGAAGGAGAUCAGACUGGAGCACGAGGAGGGGGCACCGUGCACAGCGAUCCGAGAAGUGUCGUUACUGAAGGACCUGAAACACGCCAACAUCGUGACGCUGCACGACAUCGUCCACACAGACAAGUCGCUCACACUGGUGUUCGAGUACCUGGACAAAGACCUGAAGCAGUACAUGGACGAUUGUGGGAACAUCCUGAGCAUGCAGAAUGUCAAGAUUUUUCUGUUCCAGAUCCUGCGAGGCUUGGCGUACUGUCACAGACGGAAAGUCCUUCACAGAGACCUGAAGCCUCAAAAUCUGCUCAUCAACGACAGAGGAGAACUCAAACUGGCCGACUUUGGCCUGGCGAGGGCCAAGUCUGUGCCCACUAAAACAUACUCUAACGAGGUGGUAACACUUUGGUAUCGGCCUCCCGACGUGCUGCUCGGCUCCUCUGAGUACUCCACACAGAUAGACAUGUGGGGUGUGGGCUGUAUAUUCUACGAGAUGGCUGCCGGCAGGCCCCUGUUCCCAGGCUCCACAGUGGAGGACGAGCUGCACCUCAUCUUCAGGCUGCUAGGCACUCCAACAGAAGACAGCUGGCCUGGAAUAUCUUCUAUCGACGAGUUCAAGUCCUACAAGUUCCCCAAAUACAAGGCCCAGCCCCUUAUUAACCACGCACCCAGGUUGGACACUGAUGGCAUUGACCUGCUGAUGUCAUUCCUAAAAUACGAGUCAAAAAAGAGGAUCUCUGCUGAUGAAGCAAUGAGACAGUCGUACUUCAGGAGCCUGGGGCCACGUGUGCACACACUGCCAGAGAACAUAUCCAUAUUCACACUGAAGGAGGUGCAGCUGCAGAGAGAUCCCGGCUACCGGAACUCGUCGUACCCCGAGUCAGGCAACGGAAAGAGCAGAAGACAAAGCAUGCUGUUUUAGACUCUCUGGACUGGGUUUUU